GUACACCCAGGGGACGAAGAGCAAGAGUGCCAUGUUGAAGAAACCAUUGCCACUCAGAUUCCUCUUAUUCCUGCAGCUGCUUCUGCUGGGGAUAGGGCUGACCUCAACAGUCCUCACGUCCAAUGGGAAUGAAGACAUCACAGCUGAUUUCUUCCUGACCUCUACGCCUCCUGGGACCCUCAAUGUUUCCACCUUGCCCCUCCCAGAGGUUCAGUGUUUUGUAUUCAAUGUCGAGUAUAUGAAUUGCACUUGGAACAGCAGCUCUAAGCCUCAGCCCACCAACCUGACUCUGCACUAUUGGUAUGAGAACUCUGACCAUGACAAAGUCCAGGAGUGUGGCCACUAUCUAUACUCUUCAGAGAUUACAUCUGGCUGUUGGUUGGGGAAAGAGGAGAUCCAUCUCUACCAUACAUUCGUUGUCCAGCUCCAGGACCCACAGGAACCUAGGAGGAAGACCAAAAAGAGGCUAAAACUGCAGGAUCUGGUGAUUCCCUGGGCUCCAGAGAACCUAACCCUUCACAACCUGAGUGAAUCCCAGCUAGAACUGAGGUGGAGCAACAGAUACUUGGACCACUGUUUGGAGCAUCUGGUGCAGUACCGGAGUGACCGGGACCGCAGCUGGACUGAACAGUCGGUGGACCACAGACGUAGUUUCUCCCUGCCUAGUGUGGAUGGGCAGAAACUCUACACGUUUCGUGUUCGGAGUCGCCAUAACCCACUCUGUGGAAGUGCUCAGCAUUGGAGUGAAUGGAGUCACCCGAUCUACUGGGGCAGCCAUACUUUAAAGGAGCCCCCAUCAUUGUUUGCUCUGGAAGCUGUGCUCAUCCCCCUUGGCUCCAUAGGACUGAUUAUUAGCCUCAUCUGUGUGUACUGCUGGCUGGAACGGACCAUGCCCAGAAUUCCUACCCUCAAGAGCCUAGAGGAUCUGGUUACCGAAUACCACGGGAACUUUUCGGCUUGGAGUGGUGUGUCUAAGGGACUGGCGGAGAGCCUGCAGCCAGACUACAGCGAAAGGCUCUGCCACGUCAGUGAGAUUCCCACAAAAGGAGGUGCUCUAGGGGAGGGGCCUGGGGGCUCCCCCUGCAGCCAACAUAGCCCCUACUGGGCUCCCCCAUGUUAUACCCUGAAACCUGAGCCCUGAUACCCUGACAGAACCCC